UAUAUGUACAAGGAAAGUUAAAUAUAGUUGUGAGUAAUUUGAAUGUACGUAUUAAGUUAUCUAUUAACACGUUCCCAUAUUACGCAAUGUAUUGUAAAACAUGUGAUUUAUGAAUUAUUAGUAUGUGCUUAAUCUUAAUAUCUUCUAGAAAAUAAAAAAUAAGAGAGACAUACAUGAUAAAGAUAAAUAUGAUUACCAACGUCGAUUUAAUUGAGGAUUAAAUUUACCUCACUUCUCACUUCUGUGCUCAGGGAACUGGAUUCACCCCAACUGGCAACUGCUACCCACUGAUAGCUGCGGACAGGUAGCACCUGACGAUGGUCUCAGGCCCAGGGUGCUCGGGGGAGUAGCUGUCGAUAUUGCCGAAUACCCCUGGAUGGCCUACAUCCAAGAUGUUAUUUCGAAUGGUAGCAAUACAAAAUCCAUCGCUUGUGGCGGUUCUAUCAUCAGCGACAAGUACAUCCUGACAGCAGCUCAUUGCUUCAUGCAUAAAGAAAUUAGCUCAGGGCAGUUUCUUAGAAAUAAAACAAAUGUUAUCCUCGGAGAGCACGCUCUGAGCCACGUCAGCUACUGCCAUUCUCACCGAUGUGCCUCUCCACCUGUGACAGCAACGGCUGAUAGAUUGUACGUCCAUCCAGAAUACACUAAAGUAAAUCCUGUAACAGGAGUCUAUAGCGACAACGACAUUGCACUAAUCCGUUUAGAACACCCUAUAACAUUCACUGAUAAUAUACGUCCGAUAUGUCUGCCCACGGCAUAUGGACAAUACUUGCAACAAUUUGCUGAAAAAACUUACACAGCCGCAGGAUGGGGAAGAACAACACCAGGCGGACCUACGAGCGAUAUACUGAUGGCAGUCAAAGUUCCGAGGCAAUACUACAUGAACCUGUGUCCUCGAGGCGCUACUUGUCGUAACGUGAUCAGCGAUAAGCAAAUCUGUGCAGGAGGAAUACAAGGAGAAGGUACGUGCUACGGAGAUUCAGGAGGUCCUCUGAUGAUGUCUGUUGGGUUGCACCCUACUACAUACUUCGUUGUUGGAGUGACGUCUUACGUGGUGUCAAAAGAUGCUGGAGGUUGUGGAUCCGGAGUUCCAGAUGUGUAUACCAAAGUAUCCGAGUAUAUACCGUGGAUACUGGAUACUAUAUUCUAGUAAAAUCAUGAUUUUGGGAACUCACUUCUAUUUUUAUAACUAAAAUGAGAACCUUUUUUGUUAAAACGUUGUUUAAUGUCUUGAAAUAAAGCAGACUUAUAAU